GACAGGUAUGAGACAGGUUGGAUCGUUCUAGUGAAAGAAGGAUCUGCAAAGCUGAGGACAUGUGUUUUGAAAGGCGUGCUAGAUGUAUUGGCUAUAAGCUGCUCAUCCUUGCCUUGCUCAGCAUCGUGGCCAACAUUUUACUUUAUUUUCCCAAUGGCGAAACAAGAUACGCUUCAGAGCACCAUCUCGGCAAAUACGUGGAGUGCCUUCAUGGCAUUCUAGGUGGAGGCCUUUUGGUGCUCCUUCCAGCCGUGGUGUUCAUUGGGCUCCACAACGACGACUGCUGCGGGUGCUUUGGCCAUGAGCACUGCGGGAAGGGCUGUGCGAUGCUGUCCUCAGUCCUGGCAGCCGUUGUUGGGAUCCUGGGCUCUGGGUACUGUAUCAUCAUCUCAGCACUGGGCUUGUCUCACGGACCGUAUUGUUUCACUCACCUGGAAAGAAACUGGAUCUAUCCGUUCACUGAGUCCUCUGGAGGGUACUUGUUUGAGUAUAACAGGUGGUCUGAAUGUCAGGAACCUCAAAACAUCGUGCAGUGGAAUGUCACCCUCUUUUCCAUCCUGCUUGUCUUGGGAGGAAUAGAGUUCAUUCUGUGCUUCAUACAGAUCAUCAACGGCAUUCUCGGGGGGCUCUGCGGGCUGUGCUGCCGGCACGAGGAGGUGAUUCCUCAGCGCAGUCGGUCUGCGCGGGAGCCAGAAGGCUUUUCCCUUCGUGGCCCAUGUGGUCAUCGGCACUCUGAUGCAGCUGAAACAGACACUCCUGGCGGAGGUGGUCUUUGCCGUAGCCUUAAACCAUUGUUGCGCAGCGUGGUGCAGUUCCGUGGCAGGCUGCUUGUUCUGACGGUAUUGCUUUAG